GCGUUCUCCCUACAGGGCUGCAGCAGCCUGUCUGUAUGCCUUGAUGGUCUGCCUGCGUAUGUCUGUGUGUUGUUUUGUGUGCAUGUGGAAACAGAGAAACGGGUGCUGCUGAGGUCCUUUUUCACCAAACAUCCUCGACCCGUUUUGAGUGAGAGCGCGUGUGUUCAUGUGGCUAACUUUAAUCGCCAUAGUUUGCACUCAUGAAAUCUAGAUAUUUAUUUUUAUUCAUCAGAAGGCGACCGUUCUGCUGCUGAGCCAAAUCUAACACUCCUCUGGCUUUGUUCUGUCAAACCCAGACGUUCUUCUUGUUUCAUGUCAUCCAGUUAGUUACUUUUAAUUUUUUAGUUGAGAGAAGAUGUCCACAGACUUUCAGAAGACAAAUGCCAAGGCCAUCCCGUCCACCAGGACAGUGGCCGUCAACGAAGCGGACCACAUGCCACACGACUACUCCACUACUCCCGGGGGGACCCUUUUUAGCACCACACCGGGCGGUACCAGGAUCAUCUAUGACCGUAAGUUCCUGCUGGAGUGUCGCAGCUCUCCAUUGGCCAGGACUCCUCCUCGAGGUCUUCCCACCAUUCCAGGGGUGACUAGCCCUCCCACCAAAGAGCCCAAUGCAAAGGCUGUCAAUGGAGAACUACUGAACAACAACUCCAUUGUUGCACCUGAAACAAGCAAUGCUGGUGACGAUGCUCAGUUUGAAAUGGACAUCUAGGUGGAGCUGAUAUGUUGGAGAGAGGCUCAGGAGAGCCCUCUAAAGCCCCAUCAUCAUUUCUGUAUGAGACAAACGCUUCCUGAAAUCAUCAAAUCCCACCAAUUUUUUAUUUAUUUUUUUAUUCCAUUUUUGUUUGACCAAGAACAAAGCAGAUUAUUUUUUAAUUAUUUUUGAGGCUUUUCAACAAAGUGUGCCUUCCUGUGGUGGCUACCAGUUUAAAAGCUUCACAGAGAAGAACCAAACACCACCAAUGCCUCAUCCGUCAGAGACGUGACAAACUGAAGUAGAAGAUGUAAUUCUCCCAAAUUAGGACCAAUCCAGAAGGGUUUGUUACUUGAUUAGCUUUAAUUUCCUGCCACAUCUCUUCAGAUAACUGCCUUCAGUCAUGCUCCUGAGGAGACGCAUACGUAAAGUGUUACACAAAGAAUGUUGAGCAGUUUUUUUAUGGUUUGAAACAAUUUUCACACGGUUUGUAGGGUGACGAACAUUAAAUCAAACAUGAUUUCAA